AUGGAAAGCGAAGAAGAAAGCGGCUGCAGCAGAAUCAAGAAUAAUAAGCCCUUGAGCCUCGAGUGGGAAAAGAUCAUGCCUUCGUCUUCCGGUGACGACGAUCGUCCACCGGAGCUUCUGGUGACAUCGAAGAAGAAAUUUAAGGGCGGCGGCAGUGGAAUAGACGCGCAAGAGAAUCAAAUAGAAGACUUGGAACUCCAGACGAAAUCAUUAAAUGAAAUUACCGAGUCUAUUACGAGGUUUAAAAAAAACUUGGUGACAUUAAGUAAAAAGUUGCCUGAUAAUGGCGAAAAACUCAAGGGAACUCUCCAGAGAUACGAAGCUGAACUCGAACGAAGAAAUAAACUCAAAUCGGAGAAGGUUGAUUUUAGAUGUGAUGAGACAAUACAGCUUUCUGAUCACAGCAAUGAAGGUGAUUCCAGUGGCAAAAAGAAAGGUGAUCAGAAAUCUUCAUCUCCAUCAAAGUUUGCCAAUUUUUUUAACAAAAAGAUAGUGGAAGGUUCUCGGACUGUGAAUGCAUUCGACAGUGAUUUGUCUAUCAUGAAUCAUUGUCAGGGGCGAAAAGGGAAACAAAAUAGUCAACCUUUGGGUAAAGGAAAGUCAAGGAAGGCAUUACCUUCCCCAAGGACUCCUGUAGUUGAUAAUGAGAAACAAAUCUUCUCCAAUGAUGACAAAAAACACAAUGAUUCUAUUUCUACCUCCUCCCCUGAACCCCCUGCAACUUCAAGAAAUUUGAGGCCUAGACAUAAACGGACUUAUCAUUUACUAGAUGAGGAGCCAAAGUUUCAUUCUAAAAUACAAUAUGCAGAUUUAGGCAUCUGUGAGAAAGAUGUUACAGUAUACUACCCAUCAAGGGAUGACCCUGGUUCAGUUGAAGUUAAUUAUGCUGACAUGGCAUGUCUUGCUCCUGAAGCAUGUCUUUCAUCCACUAUCAUGAAUUUUUAUAUUCGAUAUCUUCAGCAGCAGCCAACAUCUUCAUCUGAGAGUUCGACAUGUCAUUAUCAUUUUUUCAACACAUAUUUCUACAACAAGCUAGAAAAGUUGAGUUACAAGGAAGAUUCAUUUCUAAAGUUCAGAAAGUGGUGGAAAGGUGUGAAUAUAUUUGAAAAAGCAUACAUUCUUCUUCCGAUCCAUGAUAAUGCUCAUUGGAGUCUGGUGAUUAUAUGUUUCCCUACAAAGGAAGAUGAAUUAGGCCCAAUUUUGCUUCAUUUGGACUCACUUGGACUACACAAUAGCAAAUCACUUUUUGUAAACAUUAAAAGAUUUUUAAAAGAAGAGUGGAGCUAUAUAAGAAAAUCAGAACUUUUAGAAGUCCCAAUUCCAGAUGAAAUAUGGGAAAAUCUCGACACUAAAAUGGAACACAGAAGGGUUACGGUUCCUCAGCAGAUGAACGAGUAUGAUUGUGGGCUGUUUGUUCUGUUGUACAUGGAACGUUUUAUAAAAGAAGCUCCUAGAAGGCUCAAAAAGAAACAUUUAACAAUGUUUGGGAGGCAAUGGUUUCAACCAGAAGAAGCAUCAGAUUUGAGAGUGAAAGUUCACAAUUUACUUGUAGAAGAGUUCAAGAAUGUUAAAGAGAAGAAGGAAUCGUAGAUUUAGUUGUAGGAAGGAUAAUAUUUUGUUCUUAAAAAAAAAUCAAAAUUCUCUCUAGAUGUAUAUACAUCUGUAUAGGAAGGAUUGAAAGUAGAAGAAUUGCGAUUAAGCGCAAUGUUUGACUUGUUUGACCUCCCAAAAGAGAUAACCCAAAAUUAGUCAUUAAGUUUGCGGAUGGAUGGAAGUUAUUGGUAACUUGUUGAUGAGAAAAACAAGUAAAUGUAAAGAUUGAAUUCAUUGAUCUUUAGAUGUGUCUAAAGUUACUAAAAUAAUACACCAUAUAUGAUUAUAUGAGAGCUUUCUGGAAGGAUUGAUUUGACUUUUAA